AGUAUAUGGGCUCAAAUCACGUUUGUCUGACUUAGUUGGGCCUCAACCUAAGGUAACUUCAUUUACUAAUGGGCUCUCAGGCGCUUGUCCAUUGAAUUGAAUACAUAAUUUCCAUUAACCAAGCCCAAAAGGUACGACCCUUUGCUCGCUCAUCCCUCAUUGUCGGAACCUCGUCGGUGACCGUCUCUUCACCCUCGCCGUCGCCCACUUUCUUCUCUACCGGAUGUCGCAGUUCUGGAAGCCCGGAGGCGAGCGGCCGCAACUUCUUGAUGACGGAGAGGGAGGCGUACUGUUUUUCUCUCCCUCAGCCUCGUCCUCUUCUUCCUCCUCAGGCUUCGGCUAUGGCAGCAUUGACAAGCUGAGGCAGAGGUUGCCUGUGUACAAGUACCGGACGGCCAUUCUCUAUCUGGUGGAGACUCGCGCUACUACUAUAAUCGUCGGCGAGACUGGUAGUGGCAAGACCACUCAAAUUCCUCAGUUCCUUAAUGAAGCAGGUUGGGCUGAUGGUGGAAGAGUAAUUGCUUGCACCCAACCGAGAAGGCUGGCUGUGCAGGCUGUUGCUUCAAGGGUGGCUGAAGAGAUGGGGGUAAAGCUGGGAGAGGAAGUUGGCUACACCAUUAGAUUUGAGGAUGUUACGAAUACGGAUAAAACAGUGGUAAAAUUUCUCACAGAUGGAGUCUUACUGAGAGAAAUGAUGGAUGAUCCACUUUUGAGUAAAUAUAGUGUUAUAAUGGUGGAUGAAGCUCAUGAAAGAUCUAUUUCAACUGAUAUUUUGCUAGGCCUCCUCAGAAAGAUCCAACGCCGUCGACCUGACUUGCGCCUGAUAAUCUCUUCUGCUACGAUUGAGGCAAAGUCUAUGGCUUCUUUCUUCAGAAGCAGCAAGAGGCAUCAGGAAGCUGGGGCAACUGAUCUUGGUCCAUCCAAAGAGCCAGCUAUUCUCUCAGUUGAGGGGAGGGGGUUCAAUGUAGAAAUUCAUUAUGUGGAAGAGCCUGUCCCUGAUUACGUCCAGGCUGCAGUAUCUACGGUGCUUCUGAUUCAUGAUCAGGAACCUGCCGGUGAUAUUUUAGUGUUUCUAACGGGUCAGGAUGACAUUGAUGCUGCUGUUAGGUUGCUUACUGAAGAAGUUCAAUCUCAUGGAAAAAAAUCUCAUGGGUUGAUUGUUUUGCCUCUGUUUUCCGGUCUUCCACGUGCGGAUCAGGAUCUAGUGUUUUCUCCCACUCCUAGAGGGAAGAGGAAAGUUGUUAUAUCGACCAAUAUAGCUGAGACAUCAUUGACUAUGGAGGGCGUUGUCUAUGUUGUUGAUAGUGGAUUCUCAAAACAGCGGUUCUAUAAUCCGAUUUCUGAUAUCGAGAAUCUGGUUGUGGCACCAAUAUCUAAGGCAUCUGCUAGACAAAGAGCUGGUAGGGCUGGAAGAGUUCGACCUGGAAAAUGCUACAGGUUGUACACAGAGGAAUAUUUUGUGAAACAAAUGUCUUCUGAGGGAAUCCCAGAGAUACAGAGGUCAAAGUUGGUUUCCUGUGUGAUUCAGUUAAAAGCCUUGGGGAUAGAUAACAUACUUGGAUUUAAGUGGCCAGCAUCGCCAUCAUCUGAAGCAAUGAUCCGGGCGCUUGAAGUUCUUUAUUCUUUAGGAGUUCUGGAUGAUGAUGCUAAACUAACUUCACCUGUUGGAUUUCAAGUGGCAGAAAUUCCUCUGGAUCCAAUGAUCUCAAAGAUGAUAUUAGCUUCAGACCAACUGGGAUGUGCUGAGGAGAUCCUUACAAUUGCUGCAGCUCUAUCCAUCCAGUCUAUUUGGGUCUCUGGUCGAGGAAUGCAAAAGGAGCUAGACGAAGCAAAGUUGAGAUUUGCAGCAGCAGAGGGAGACCAUGUUACUUUCCUAAAUGUUUACAAGGGUUUUCUCCAGUCGGGUAAAUCUUCGGAUUGGUGUCGCAGGAAUUUCGUAAAUGCUCAUGCAAUGAAAAAGGUUAUCGAAAUAAGAGCACAACUCAAGAGAAUAGCACAGAGAUUGGGCAUAGUCCUUAAGUCAUGUGAAUCAGAUAUGACUGUAUUGCGUAAAGCAGUAACUGCCGGAUUCUUUGCCAAUGCAUGCCGCUUAGAAGCAUAUGGCCAUAACGGGAUGUACAAGACUGUUAGAGGCUCUCAAGAAGUUUAUAUCCAUCCCUCCUCUGUAUUGUUCAGAGUGAACCCGAAGUGGGUUGUUUACCAUUCUCUAGUGUCGACCGAUCGCCAGUACAUGCAGAAUGUGAUCACCAUCGAACCCUCAUGGCUACCGGAGGCUGCUCCACAUUUUUAUCAGCAACGACAACUUGGCCCCAGCAUUCAUUAACUGUUGCAGCAGCCAGCAGGAACCAUGUACUUUAAGAAACUGUGUUCAUCUGUGUUCGACCAGUCCGGUUUAGCUCAUUAAUUAGUGUAUCUGUAUGUACAUAGUAUUUGUAUUGUAUGUAUGCUAAACAUUUUGCGGUUAUUUCACUGAAGUUUUCCUAGUUCUAUUCGGAUUCCUCCUCAGCUAUUCGUUCCCAUGUUAUUAUGAACCUUAAACCCUGGUAAAUUUUUACAAAAAUUGUAUUGACGGAGCUGGAUUUACAAG